AUGGCGCAUCAGUUUAAUAUUACGGUUCACGGAAGAAAACGCCCCGCCGACGGGGGACUUGAUGAUCAACCUCUGGCAAAAAAGUUCGGCCGCUUAAAGAUAGAGUCUCUGGGUGUACCUCGCUUGCCCGGAAGCCUGGAAGCUAAGGAUGUACCACAACCACAUCACCCGGGCGACGCCAUGAUGCUGGAUGACACAAAUACCACUGUAUACAUUCAUGAUCUGGAACAAGAAUUGGCAGAGACCGAAGCUCUUGAUCAGGCGGUCACGAUAUUACCUGGCCUGGAGGACAAGUUACCAAUGACAAAACUGCUGGUUGAAAAUAAUAAGCCUCAAUGCAGGGAGCUAGUUGUCUAUAAGGAACCUGAAUCGCUUACGGUCCCAAAGGACAAGGACCAGGUACGACGAGCAUUGAUGGAAACUCGAGAAAGGGCCCGGCUGGGUCAGCGAGCGCAUCUAUCGGAUAUGGGGUGGAUACAGGGUCCUCGCUGUAUAGACCAAAAUCCAGGGCACGUCAGGAGCCUCCAGAAAAAUGGCAGCCAAGGAGAUAAGAUGGAUAUUGAUACAGAAGGUUAG